UUUAAUUUUUGACCGUUUUAGUCUCGUGGCGGAAGUUCCACGUCUCUUGUUCUUUUUUUUCAUAAUUUACACAGCAUUUUAAAAUAAAUUAUUACUUAGCUACCAACUGUGUAAGGCGUAAAAACACGUUUUUGUGCGUUUAGUUUGAUCCGCUUUUGAGUCGCGUGCUGGAGUUUAACUCGUUGCUAUGACGACGGAAUGGCGGCGUUCAAGCAGAUUGACUCUCUGCGAAAGCGGAACAAAUAUUUGCUAGAUAAACUCGAGAAACAAUCCGACAAAUUGCGUCAGCUGACGCUCUCGUGUCCGGAUAAGGUGGACAAAUGUCACAGCCUAAUAUACGGAGACAGCGGCCCGCGUCGAGCGCCUUUAACGGAAAGAAACGGAGCGCAUCCGCCGCGUGCUGGAGCUUCACUAUCACCAGUGAAAACAGUCAGCAAAUCCGAUGAACUGCAGAGAAACUGUGAAGACCCCACAACGGACCACCAACUGAAACCCAGCCCCAGCCAAAGCUCAGAAUUGAACACCUACAGCACACUACUGGAAGACGCAGCGAACAGUCGCCGGAAGGGGCAGAGCAGAUCUGUGAGACUGAUGCUGCCCAAAUCUGCAACUUUCACUGCCUGUGACCAGAAAGAGAAUGACAGUUCAACGGCUGCUGGGCUAGAGAUGGAUGCAGAAUCGGAGAGAAACAUACAGACUUUACUGGGCUAUGAUUGGAUAGCAGGCCUACUGGAUGCUAAAAGCUGUCUUGAAGAUCGUUCGGAGCAGUUCUUCAGUGAUCUCCACAGCUUCCGUCAGGCCAAUCGAGAUGAGUGCACCCACAACUUGUUAUCAGGAUGUCCAUCUGUUACUGAUCUUGCAUCUUCCACACUUGACAGCAAAGAGCUGCAGACAUCUGCAGACGCACAUCAGUGCACAUUCUGCUACAGAAUAAACAGUCGACUGUUUGCGGCUCCACUGGAUGCACAGGUCGCCUGUCCAGUGUGCAAGAUGCCCAAAUCUGAUCACCCUCAUACUGAAAAAGAGCCUGCUGUAAUCAGGAUCAGUAUCCCUCGUUCAACUCUGCUGCCAGCAUACAAAUACAAAGCCCAUCGCCGCUGCAGUUUUGAUCCCUCUGACAGCCUGGGUUUGCCCUCUCACUGUUUGUCCGGAUGGUCUAAUCCCACCCUGAACGCUGGCUCUCAGAUGAGCAGUCUUGAUCUGCGGGGCUACAUGGCAAAACCAGCAGCUAUAGCAGGGUCAGCCUCAUCCUGGUUUGGCCAUGAACGGGAGUCCUCCUUCUCCAAUGCUUUGAGGCACCCACAUUCUGACCAGCUUCAAAAUUUAGUUUGUUUGCCACGGUAUCGCUUUCAGCAUUCAGACCCAAAGAGGACAGAACCCCACUCUUACUCUCUUGACUGAUUUCAAAAGUUACGUUCAAAAUGGAGCUACUCAUGAAUGUUUCUGCAUCCAGGAGAUUUUCUGUAUUUACCUAAAUUAAUGUUUGUGUGCACGAUUUUCUUUAUGUGCGUGUGCGUGCGCGUGCGUGUGUGUGUGUGUGUGUAUAGUUGUAAUAAAAACAUUAAUCAUUUUGUAGUAAAGUUUGAAUUGUUGACACA